AUGUCUCCUCUCAACACCACUGAGGUUGAGAUUUCUACCUUUUUUCUAAUUGGGAUCCCAGGAAUGGAGCAUGUGCACAUCUGGAUAUCCAUUCCUAUCUGCCUCAUAUAUGUCAUUGCCACAGUGGGCAACUCUACUAUUCUCUUCCUCAUUAAGACAGAAUCUUCUCUCCAUGAGCCCGUGUGUUAUUUUCUCUCCAUGUUGGCAUUUUCAGAUCUUUGCCUAUCUUUCUCUUCCUUGUCAACUAUGCUAAGAAUCUUCUUGUUCAAUGCUCCAGGACUCUCCAUAGAUGCUUGCAUCACCCAGGAAUUCUUCAUCCAUACAUUCACUGCCAUGGAGUCCGCUGUUCUUGUCAUUAUGUCCUUUGAUCAUUUUAUAGCCAUCUGCAACCCUCUAAGUAGCUCCAUUCUCACCAAUAUCAGAGUAGUGCAAAUUGGCUUGGGCUUUGCCAUUGCCUGUUUUGCAUGUAUAAUCCCAUUCCCUAUCACUCUAAAGAGACUAAGAUUUUGUAAGGGAAACCUCCUCUCCCAUUCUUAUUGUCUCCACCAGGAUAUAAUGAUAUUGGCCUGUUCUGAUAACAGAGUCAAUGUCAUCUAUGGCUUCUUUGUUGCUCUGUUAAGCAUGAUGAACUUAGCAUUGAUUUUGUUGUCCCACAUAAUGAUCUUGAAGACUGUUUUAGGAAUUGCUUCCAAUCAAGAGCGAUUAAAGGCCUUCAACACCUGUGUUUCCCAUCUCUUUACUGUGCUCAUUUUCUAUGUUCCUGUUAUCACCUUAGCUAUUGUUCAAUGUUUUGCCAAACAUGGGUUACCAUUAAUUAGGAUCCUGAUUACUGCUGUCUGUCUUUUGGUUCCUCCACUGAUGAACCCUAUUGUGUACACUGUGAAGACUCGUCAAAUCCGGGAGAAGGUCCUUGGGAAACUGUGUUUGAAGACCUGA